AUGUCGAUCUAUGCACUCGCGAAGGUGUGCAUGUUCAAAUUCAGGCAUUGCAAACGCUUCGUGACGGCUAAAUGCGUUGAUAAACAGUGUAGUUGGAGGGUAAUGUCUAAGCAACUGGCUGAAGUUCGAAAGCAGUACAAAAAACAUGGAACAUCUAGAGUGCUUGCAGCUCUUUUGCGGUCAAAAUACGAAAGACUCCAAGGUGGACCUCGUGCUAUGGAACUGCCAGAAAUACUGCGAACUGAAUUCAACUAUACAUGCACAUACUGGAAAGCUUGGAAAGCUAAAGAACUAGCUAUUGCGUCUGCCCAAGGAACAGAGGAGAUGUCUUACAAAAUACUACCACAGUACUUUCACAAGCAUUUGCGGAAAGUCCUUGUGGUGGACGGAACCCACAUGUUUGGGAAAUACAAAGGGGUUUUGCUUAGUUCUAGCGGCCAAGACGCAGACUGCCGCGCAUUCCCUAUUGCUUUCGCAGUAGUUGAUAGCGAGAACUCGGAUUCUUGGAAGUGGUUCUUCGAAAGAUGCGCCGCAAUAUUUGCAGCUAAUGAUAGAUGGUAUCCGCGUGCACACCAUGGUAUUUGUCUUGAACACCUUAAGCGUAACGUGGCAGAAAAGUACAAAAGACUGCAGCAGAAGGAUAUGGUCGCCAGCGCCGGAGAGGCAUUCAAAGUUUCCAAGUUUGAAAAGCUCUAUGAGCUAAUAAAGCUUACGGAUUGGAGAUGUUGGGAUUAUUUAGAAAAAAUUCACCGCAAGUUAUGGAAACGUUCACAUUUUGAAGGAAAGAGAUAUAACAUGAUGACUUCAAAUAUAGCGGAAUCGUUGAAUCAUACACUGCUGCCAGCCCGUGAAAGUCCUAUAGUGGCACUGAUGGAGUUUAUUAGACGAAUGUUGACUCGAUGGUUUGAGAGCAGGCACUGCAAGAUCAGUAAAAUGACUGGAAUUGUUCCUAAAUUAAUCAAGCAAAUACUGGUCGAACAGUUAGUGUUGUCUACUGGCCUUCUUGUUUUGCCAUGUUCCACUUGGGUAUUCGAAGUUACACACAAGGCAACUGUUUUUGGUUUUUCUGUUGAUUUGAAAAACGAGCUUGCUCCUGCCUUGAAUUCCAGAUGCUCGGGCUGCCAUGCCGACAUGCUAUAG